GUAUAUGAAGAAAAGGAUUAUAGAAGAGUUAGAUUUGUUGGACGACAAAAGGAGGUGAACAAGAAUUUUGCAAUUGAUUUGAUAGCAGAGCAGCCUGUGAGUGAAGUGGAAAGCAGAGUGAUAUCAUGCGAUGGUGGUGGUGGAGCUCUGGGACAUCCUAAAGUAUACAUAAACUUGGACAAAGAUACAAAGACCGGAACGUGCGGCUACUGUGGACUUCAGUUUAAACAGAAACAUCACUGA